AUGGCCAACCUCGGCGUCCCCGUCAAGCUCCUGCACGAGUCACUCGGACACAUCGUCACCGUUGAGCUCAAGACGGGAGAGAUGUACCGUGGAAAGUUGAUGGAGGCCGAGGACUCGCUCAACAUGGCGCUCAAGGACAUCACGGUGACCGCGCGCGAUGGCCGCGUCUCGCAGCUCGAGCAGGUGUACAUCCGCGGCAGUAUGGAGUGGGCAUUGUGUAUCGAGAUCUGGGCGAUCGACACGUUGCGGUGGGCGCGCCGUGUCAGACUCAAGACUCAGAUCAAGCCAUCCCGACUCCUAUCCUUCCGGACCUCCAGCCCUUUCUCCUCCCGGUGGCCGGUUGGAUGGGCGAGGGCUGGCUCGUCGGCUCCCUCUCCCCUCUCGUCUCUUCCCAGGCGAAGCUAUGCCUCAGUGUUCACAGCUGACAUACAGGUGCGCUUCAUCAUCGUGCCCGACCUCCUGGCGCACGCGCCAAUGUUCAAGCGUGUCGGCCCCAACGCGAUGCGUGGGCGCGGUAUCGGAGCUGCGCGUGGAAGGGCGACGAUCCAGAGGGCGAUUUCGCGUCGUGGAGGCCAGCCGAGGAGUCAGGGUGUGCGUCGUUAA